AUGCAUCUACUGUCAUUUUCGCUAUUUGCCUCGGCUCUCGCAGCCCUAGUUCCCUCACCCGGCGACACUGCUAUUAUUCCAGGAUGGCAUCUUCGGUCGUCUCUCCGAACUACAGAAAGUCUCAGCAGGCUUUCACAGCCCAACGCUGACACCUCAUCAUGGCACCGGGUCAGCUCGCGAGGGACGGUCAUGGCUGGCUUGAUCCAGAAUGGCGUCUACAACGAAACAGACCUCUUCUACGGCGAUCACCUCGCCUCCGUCGAUUUAUCGAGCUUCCAAUUCCCCUGGAUCUACCGGGAGGAAGUGAGCCUGCAGCCCCCGCCCCGUGGCGACCAUAUUUUCCUCGUCACACACGGUGUUACGUCACGGGCAGAUAUUUUCUUCAACGGCGCACAGAUCGCCUCGAGCUCAUUCCAACAAGGGUGUUACGGCGGCCACCAGUACGACAUUACCCCUCAUAUCCGAUCCGGUUCGAAUGCCAUUCUCAUCCAGGCAUAUCCAACGGACUACCUGGCGGACUUUGGUCAGGGCUUUGCGGAUUGGAAUCCAUACCCACCGGACAACGGCACUGGCGUCUGGAGGAACGUGGAGGUCAAGCAUACCGGACCGGUUUCGUUGUCUCCCCUUCGUGUGCUGUCUACUUAUAAUGGCUCCGAUACAGAGAAGGUUGCUGUAGACGUGAAGACUGACGUUACUAAUCACGAGAAUGGCUUGGUGACUGGGGUCCUCCAGGGGGUUAUCCAAUCCGAAGAUGGAUCUCAGACCUUCCCAUUCUCCUGUCCUAUCCGACUGCAAAAGGGGGAGAGUACUACCAUUGCAAUCUCCGUUUCUGUCAAGAACCCUCGUAUUUGGUGGCCCGCUGCAUGGGGCCAGCAGCCUCUCUAUGUCGUCCAAGCCAACGUCACGAUCAAUGAUCAACUCGCUGAUCGGGCACGCACUACCUUGGGAAUUCGUUCAGUGGCAGCCUCGCUGAGUCGCGACAGUGACAUUUCCUUCACAGUCAAUGGGUCUCCAUUUCAAGUUCUAGGCGCUGGCUAUGCCCCCGACAUCUUUCUCCGCUUCGAUGCCGAUCGUGUCCGCACCAUCCUCCAGUACAUGGAGCAUCCCGAGCUAUACGAUCUAGCCGAUCGAAUGGGAGUAAUGAUAAUGGCAGGAUGGGAGUGCUGCGACAAAUGGGAAGGCUGGGAGUACAACGACGACGCCAACGGCCUCAAAUGGAACGACACCGACUAUCACACCGCCGAGUCCUCCAUGCUCCACGAAGCCCAACAUCUCCAACCCCAUCCCUCCCUCCUCGCCUUCCUCAUCGGCUCCGACUACUGGCCCAACGACCGCGCCACCUCCAUCUACACCUCCGCCCUGCACCGCAUGGACUGGCCCAACCCCAUCGUCUCCUCCGCCGCCCAACGCGGAUACCCGUCCACUCUUGGCCCCUCGGGCAUGAAAAUGCUCGGUCCCUAUGACUGGGUGCCCCCAAACUACUGGUCCGGUAGCCAACGGGGUGCCGCCUUCGGAUUCGGCUCUGAACAGGGCGCCGGGGUCGGCACACCCGAACUCAGCAGUCUGCGACGGUUCCUCUCACCGCAAGACCUCAAUACGUUGUGGAACCACCCCAACGCCAACCUCUUCCACAUGUCCCGAUCCGACUCCCAAUUCCACACCCGAUCAAUCUACAACGCAGCCCUCACAGCCCGAUACGGCCCCCCCUCCUCCUUACCCGACUACAUCUUCAAAGCCCAACUAAUGGACUACGAAGCCACGCGUGCCGAAUUCGAAUCCUUUUCCAUCCGCCAGAGCGCCCCCCGCCCCGCCACAGGCGUCAUCUACUGGAUGCUCAACAGCGCAUGGCCAAACCUCCACUGGCAAUUAUUCGACUACUACCUCCAUCCGGCGGGAGCAUACUACGGAACUAAGAUCGGGACGCGGAUCGAACAUGUUGCCUAUGAUCCUGACACUCACGAGAUUCAUCUCAUUAAUCACUCGUUGGAUCAGCGCAGAGAACGAGUAGUCGUCAUCGACCUGAUGGACCACCGGGGGAAUCAUAUCUCGACUGAGGGGGUCCGUGUCAAUACAGCUCCGAUUACAUCGAAGCAGAUCGCACGGGUCAAGGAUAAAGUUAUCCCUGAGAUGGGAUUCCUGAGGCUCCUUCUACAAGAUACCCCUGGAGCAAUCCUUAGCCGCAAUGUGUAUUGGGUCUCGAACCACAUGGAUAAACUCGACUGGGAGAAGUCAAAUUGGUAUACUACCCCGGUUACGGAGUAUGCGAAUUUCACUGCAUUGAGUAAUCUCCAGGCCGUGGAGCUUGAUACAACAGUGAGAGUCCAAGAGAAGAGUAAAUCGGGGUUAAAGAUCGAGGUUACGUUGGAGAAUCGAUCGAAAGCACCAGGGUUCUUUAUCCGUCUUGUAUUGGUGGAUGCAGUGACAGGGGACGAGGUGGUCCCGGUGUACUGGGAGGAUAAUUAUCUGACGGUGUUUGCGGAGGAGACGGUAAAGGUUUCUGUGUGGGUGCAUGGUGGGGUGAGGGAGUGGAGGGUUGUGAUGGAGGGGGGGAAUAUCCAACACAGGGUGAUUGGAGAGGGAAAAUAG